AUGGUCAGGCUGCAAGCUGCAACCGUAUCUAACAGAGUGGUGCGUAAGAGAAAAAGAAAGAGCCAGGAUGAGCAAGAUCAAGUAGGACCCGAGCCCGAGAGUAUCCAAGAUUCGACCACAAGUACCACAACAGUCCCGACCAAAACACAAGAUGGAGGCAAGAAACCGAGGCGAACGCCCAAGGCCAAAGGUGCAGCACCAAGUCUGUCCAGGAAAGGAUCUUCCAUGGUAGAGACGACCAUACCCUGGCCUGAAGAGUUUACAAAACUGUCUCAAGUCCAUCGAGCCUUAAAUCUGGUCUACACUUUCUGCUGUACGCGAAAACAUCUGGCUACCACUUUUGAGACUAUCAAGACCACGGUCGAGUCACACAUUGGUCGCGAACUGUCCAUCCAAGAUGUCGCCAAGAUCAAGGCCCUCAUACCGCGGUCCAUCAACUUCGCAUACAUCGACGAAGAUCUAUUGCAAGUGAAUCUUAUGGGCGAGCAGGAGAACUCCAAGAACAAGAGAUACGAAGGUUAUAUGGCCUCAGAACCAACAGAAGACAAGCAAGAAAAAGGAAACAAGGAGGUACUGUUGUUCGAGUACAUCGAUGGAGAUCUGAAGCGUCAAGUACAACAUACCAAGACUGGAGAACCUACAAAAGCAACGCGGAAGCUGAAAGAUGAGGACCUCAAGAUGCCCGUCUACAGUCAGAAGCAGAUGAUGAACCUGAUCGAGAAGAGAAACAACAAGUUUACCUCUGCAGUCAAUGCCUGGCUAAACGAAUGCGACGCAGAGGGUGUGGAUCCGGUAGAAAAACUGGACAUCGAGCACAACUUGAACAUUCCCGCGCCUUCGGAAAGUAGAGGAAAUACACCAACCCCCGAGAAACGAAGAGCGCUGUUGCCAAGAUCGAUUCCCGAAGAACGCAAGACCAUCCCUGAGAUCGUGUCCGAGAUCAAGACUCUGGAAUGGUACACUGGUCAAAUAGUGCCGGAUGGUCAUCGUGUCUUCGACCCGCAACCAGCUAUCUAUGGCGAUCUCAACUUUGAAUUAUCGCAGACUCUUGUCAACGCACUGUACAAUACUCGUGGUAUUACUCAGUUGUACGCGCACCAAGCGGAGGCCAUCAACAAUCUGUAUGACGGUCACAAUGUCAUCGUAUCAACAUCAACGAGUUCGGGAAAGUCUUUGAUCUACCAGAUACCUGUUCUGCAUGAACUGGAGAAAAACAACCAGGCGAGAGCUAUGUAUAUCUUUCCUACAAAGGCUCUUGCUCAAGACCAGCGGCGCAGUCUGAAAGACUUAUUACAGUACAUGGACGGACUGCAAGAUCUUGUUGUCGAGACUUUUGAUGGAGACACACAAAUGUGUGAUCGAAAUUUGAUUCGAGACGAGGGCAGCAUCAUCUUUACCAACCCUGAUAUGUUGCACAUCACGAUCCUUCCACAAGAAGAAGCUUGGAGGACUUUUCUCCAGAAUCUACGCUUCGUAGUUGUGGAUGAGUUGCACGUCUACAAUGGGCUUUUUGGAGCACAUGUAGCUCUGAUCAUGAGACGCUUGCGCAGAAUAUGUGCUGCUGUGGGCAACCGCCAUAUAAAGUUCAUCUCUUGUUCUGCCACUGUCGCAAAUCCCGAAGAGCACAUGAAGACCAUUUUCGGUGUGGAGCAGGUCAAGCUUACAGAUUUCGAUGGCUCGCCUUCUGGUAGAAAAGAAUUUCUCUGCUGGAACACUCCUUUCAAGGAUCCAGCAGAUCCGACUUCUGGUAGAGGUGACGCUUUGGCGGAAGCUGCGAAGCUCUUCUGUCAACUCAUUCUGCGAGGUGUUCGUGUGAUUGCGUUCUGCAGGGUGCGAAAACAGUGUGAAGCAUUGGUUGGCGCCGUCAAGAACGAACUGGCAUACCUUGAUAAAGCAGAGGUCAUGGCAAGAGUCAUGUCUUAUCGAGGCGGCUACGCUCCUCAAGAUCGUCGAAAGAUCGAAAAGGAGAUGUUCGAGGGCAAACUUGUCGGCAUCGUGGCAACAAGUGCACUGGAGCUGGGCAUUGAUAUCGGGUCUCUCGAUGCGGUCAUGACUUGCGGGUUCCCCUACACAAUCGCCAACCUUCGCCAGCAAAGUGGUCGAGCUGGUCGCAGGAACAAGGACUCGAUAUCUAUACUUGUCGGAGACGCCUUCCCAACAGAUCAGCACUAUAUGCAAAACCCAGACGAGAUUUUCACAAAGCCAAACUGUCAGUUACAGGUCGAUCUAGAGAACAUGCUUGUCCUUGAGGGACAUGUGCAAUGUGCGGCUAAUGAAAUGCCCAUUCAGCCCAAAGAGGAUGAAGUAUACUUUGGCAAGCUCUUGACCGAUAUUGCAGAGAACAGAAUGAGAAAGGACGAGCUUGGCUUCUUCCACACGGCUGAUCGCUUCCUUCCUCGACCUUCCACUUUCGUGGCAAUUCGCGAUACCGAGGAAGAUCACUUUGCAAUCGUCGAUAUCACGCAUGGACGCAAUGUUGUGCUUGAAGAGCUCGAAGCCUCUCGUGCGUUCUUCACGAUCUAUGAAGGAGGUAUCUACUUGCAUCAAGGUAACAAAUAUCUGGUCAAGGAAAUGUCGACAGAUAGAAUGAUGGCUCGAGUCGAGUUUGUGAGGGUAGAAUGGACAACUCAACAGCGCGAUUUUACUGAUAUUGACCCCAUCGAGACCGAAGCUAUUCGCAAGAUCUCAAAAUCGUUGUCGAGGGCAUACUAUGGGACCAUCAGAAUUACACAAGUGGUCUUUGGGUUCUUCAAAGUUGAUGCAAAGCGUCGCAUCUUAGAUGCAGUGGAAGUCGACAACCCACCCAUCACCAUUUUCAGCAAAGGCAUGUGGCUCGAUGUGCCACGCAGCGCACUGCAGAUCCUUGAGUCGAGGCGACUGAACAUGGCAGGAGCCAUCCACGCAGCCGAACACGCUUUACUCUCGCUCAUGCCAAACUUCGUCAUCAGCAUGCCCGGCGAUGUCAAGACCGAAUGCAAAAACGCACUUAAAGAGUUUCAACAGAAGGAAACCAAUCGCAAGCGACCCGCACGUCUGACUUUCUACGAUGCAAAAGGCGGUGCCGCUGGCUCUGGUAUCAGCACAAAGGCUUUUGAGUUUGUCGAUCGCUUGCUUGUACAGGCUUGCGAGCGAGUAGGCGCAUGUCACUGCGACGAAGGUUGUCUUGAAUGCUGUUGCUCGGAGCAAUGCAAAGAGGCGAAUUCAGUCAUGAGCAAAGCAGGCGCUGAAGUCAUUCUCAAGUCGUUACUGAACAGGGAGAUUGAUGUCGAUGCGCUGCCAUGGGGUCCUGAGGACGAGAAAACGCCUGCAGGUAUUGAGACUGUUGUCUUUGCGAAUGAAGUCGCGCCAGCACGAGGCAAGAGAUUUGGAGAUAUUCUUAUCAAGACUGAAGAUGGUGAAGAGGAAAAUGUUGUUAUCAUCAAGGAUGAGCCUGAGGAUUGA